AUGCCUGUUCCCCACUAUGGCGUCUGGUCUUGCCACCCAACUAGAUAUGAUGCUCAGAGACACGGAGUACGCACCCCGCACAUCGAGCUCUUUUUCACCGAUGAUACCUCGAAGGAGCGGAGGGCUGCUAUCAAUGUCAAAUCGAACGGUACAGAUUCUCGCCUCGUGUUUUGGGUUUCACGCGACUUCUCCCAUCCCAUCACCAAUCAACUCUCAGAGUUAGACCUAGGCUUUCACCUAGUCCAGGAUCCCAACAGUGACGAAGACCGAAAUCAUCGCCAUUACCGUUACAGCCACUAUUACUCACAAGACCCCGAUUUAGAGGGUCUCGAUUUUUAUCGUAUGAAGGACCUUGUGGAUAUUCAAUCUGGAGAAGCCCUGCCGCAUGACAUCCCAGGCCGUGACAAUGAUAUCUUGGACAAGGUGAGGCCAAUCCUCGAUGAUGCUAUCGACAACUCGGCAACUGCUUUUAUCUUUGGGGCCUCCUUCGGAUCGGGUAUCCAUAAUAUUCAUAUGAACCAGGGCAGUCUUCCUAAGUAUGACAAUGGUGUUUACUCGGACGGAGCCGUGAUGUUCAAAUUCGACGAUGGGCACUGGGAAGCAGUGUUUCUGGCCUUUGCUUCGCAGAAGCUCCCAACUGACGGGCGAGGAGAGCCGGAGCCAGGCAGUAAGACCUUGGCGGAUAUACUUUUGUAG